AUGGCAGUGCCCGGCGAGGCUGCGCUCGUCAGGGACAAGCCCGGCAGAGGGGCAGGGGUGAGUCCAGCCCCCGCCGCGGGCCGGGACUGCUCCCGACGUGCUGGCCCGGCGUCCCCGCCGGUCUCCGGCUGCGGCGGCUGCUGGGGAGACGUGGUGCUGCAGCCUCUCCGGCGCUCCCGGAAACUUUCCUCGGCGCUGUGCGCGGGAUCCCUGUCCUUUCUGCUGGCGCUGCUGGUGAGGCUGGUCCGCGGGGAGGUCGGCUGUGACCCGGAGCAGAGCAGGGAGGCGGCGGCGGAGGAGGAGGAAGCAGCCCCCGGGGCAGAAGGGGGCGUCUUCCCCGGGCCUCGGGGAGGCGCUCCCGGGGGCGGCGCGCCGCUCAGCCCCUGGCUGCAGCCCUCGGCGCUGCUCUUCAGUCUCCUGUGUGCCUUCUCCUGGAUGGGCUUGUACCUCCUGCGCGCAGGGGUGCGCCUGCCUCUGGCCGUCGCGCUGCUGGCCGCCUGCUGCGGGGGGGAAGCGCUUGUCCAGAUUGGGCUGGGCGUCGGGGAGGAUCACUUACUCUCGCUCCCCGCCGCGGGGGUGGUGCUCAGCUGCUUGGCCGCCGCGACAUGGCUGGUGCUGAGGCUGAGGCUGGGCGUCCUCAUGAUCGCCUUGACUAGUGCGGUCAGGACCGUGUCCCUCAUUUCCUUAGAGAGGUUCAAGGUCGCCUGGAGACCUUACCUGGCGUACUUGGCCGGCGUGCUGGGGAUCCUCCUGGCCAGGUACGUGGAGCAAAUCUUGCCGCAGUCCGUGGAGGCGGCUCCGAGGGAGCGUUCUGGGUCCCACCUGAUUGCUGGGACCAGGGAAGACAUCCCGGUGUUUAAGAGGAGGAGGCGGUCCAGCUCCGUGGUGUCCGCCGAGAUGUCCGGCUGCAGCAGCAAGUCCCAUCGGCGGACCUCCCUGCCCUGUAUACCGAGGGAACAGCUCAUGGGGCAUUCAGAAUGGGACCACAAACGAGGGCCCCGGGGAUCACAGCGCCUGAGAAGGAGUUUGCCUCCUGGUUUGCUGAGACGAGUUUCUUCCACCUGGACGACCACCACCUCAGCUACAGGUCUGCCCACCUUAGAGCCCGCGCCCGUUCGGAGGGACCGCAGUGCCAGCAUCAAACCGCACGACGCCCCAUCAUCCAGUCCUGAUUCUUGGAAUAACCCAGGAAUGACGACCCUCACCAAAAGCAGAUCCUUCACUUCGUCCUAUGCUGUUUCUGCAGCGAACCACGUAAAGGCUAAAAAGCAAAAUCGACCAAGUGCCCUAGCUAAAAUUUCACCUCUUUCAUCGCCCUGCUCCUCACCUCUGCAAGGGACUCCUGCCAGCAGCCCAGUCAGCAAAAUUUCUGGAGCGCAGUUUCCAGAAUCUUCUAACACAACUGCAAAACAAGGCCUAAGCUCUCACAGGACCUUAACUUACACUCAGAGUGCCCCUGACUUAUCCCCUCAGAUCCUGACUCCACCUGUCAUAUGUAGCAGCUGUGGCAGACCAUACUCCCCAGGGAAUCCUGCGGAUGGGCCCUUGGAAAGAAGUGGGGCAGAUACUCAGAUACCAAGCAGAACAGAUGACACUAUUCAAGUUACCUCUGAUUAUGAAACCAAUAACAACAGUGACAGCAGUGACAUUGUACAGAAUGAAGAUGAGGCUGAGUGUCCCAGGGAGCCCCUGAGGAAAGCGUCAGCUUGCAGCCCUUACGCGCCUGAGCCCAUGAUGUUCCUGGACAAACCGAUUCUGGCUCCUGAACCUCUUGUCAUGGAUAAUCUGGACUCAAUUAUGGAGCAGUUAAAUACGUGGAAUUUUCCAAUUUUUGAUUUAGUAGAAAGCAUAGGGAAGAAAUGUGGCCGUAUUCUCAGUCAGGUAUCAUACAGACUUUUUGAAGACAUGGGCCUCUUUGAAGCUUUUAAAAUUCCAAUUAGAGAAUUUAUGAAUUAUUUUCAUGCUUUGGAGAUUGGAUACAGGGAUAUUCCUUAUCAUAACAGAAUUCAUGCAACUGACGUCUUACACGCCGUGUGGUAUCUUACUACACAGCCGAUUCCAGGCCUUUCCACUGUGAUUAAUGAUCAUGGUUCGGCAAGUGACUCAGAUUCUGACAGUGGAUUUACACAUGGACAUAUGGGAUACGUAUUCUCAAAAAUGUAUAAUGUGACAGAUGAUAAAUACGGAUGUCUGUCCGGGAAUAUCCCUGCCUUAGAGUUGAUGGCAUUGUACGUGGCCGCAGCCAUGCACGAUUAUGACCACCCAGGGAGGACUAAUGCUUUCCUAGUCGCGACCAGUGCUCCGCAGGCGGUGCUAUAUAAUGAUCGUUCAGUUUUGGAGAAUCACCAUGCAGCUGCUGCGUGGAAUCUUUUCAUGUCCCGGCCAGAGUAUAACUUCUUAGUUAACCUUGACCAUGUGGAAUUUAAGCAUUUCCGUUUCCUUGUCAUUGAAGCAAUUUUGGCCACAGACCUGAAGAAACACUUUGACUUCGUUGCCAAACUAAAUGCCAAGGUGAAUGAUGAUGUUGGAAUCGAUUGGACCAAUGAAAAUGACCGUCUGCUGGUUUGUCAGAUGUGUAUAAAGUUGGCUGAUAUCAACGGGCCAGCGAAAUGCAAAGAACUGCAUCUGCAGUGGACAGAGGGUAUUGUCAAUGAGUUUUAUGAACAGGGUGAUGAGGAGGCCAGCCUCGGGUUGCCCAUAAGCCCCUUCAUGGACCGUUCUGCCCCUCAGUUGGCCAAUCUUCAGGAAUCCUUCAUCUCUCACAUUGUGGGUCCUCUGUGCAACUCCUAUGACUCAGCAGGACUAAUGCCAGGGAAAUGGGUGGAGGACAGUGAUGAGUCAGGAGAUACUGAUGACCCAGAAGAAGAGGAAGCCCCAGCAGCAAAUGAAGAAGAAACCUGUGAAAAUACUGAAUCUGCAAGAAAGAAAACUUUCAAAAGGAGGAAAAUCUACUGCCAAAUAACUCAGCACCUCUUGCAGAACCACAAGAUGUGGAAGAACGUCAUUGAGGAGGAACAGCGGUUAGCAGGCAUAGAAAACCAAUCCCUGGACCAGAGCCCUCAGCAGCACUCUUCGGAACAGAUCCAGGCCAUCAAGGAAGAAGAGGAAGAGAAAGGGAAAGCGAGAGGAGAGGAGAGCCCACCUCCAAAGCCCGACCAGUGACAGGGGGUAGACUGAGCUGUGUGUCCGAGCAGACUGACUUGUCGCAGACUCUUUCCAAGCCAGCACAACACUGAAGACACAACACUGUAGAA